AUGGCCUCUCGAUUAACACAAGCUCUGGUCUUUGCAGGUGAGGGCCCAGAACGUGUAAGCGGACCGUACCUCCUCUACUUGUUAAACUCUCCGUCAGACAUGCAUGCAGCUUACGGCUACGGUUACAACCCACGGCAGGACUACAGGCACGAACAACGAGAGAGAGAGUGCGCUGCCUAUGAACCCUUCCGGUGUCCAGGUGGAAACGUGUGCAUUUCAAUCCAGUACCUGUGUGACGGCGCCCCUGACUGCCCUGACGGUUACGAUGAGAACCUUCGGCUGUGUACUGCAGCCAAGCGACCCCCUGUGGAGGAGACCGCAUCUUUCCUCCAGUCUCUCCUCGCCUCCCACGGCCCCAACUACCUGGAGAAGCUCUUCGGCACAAAGGCACGCAAUGCCCUGAAGCCUCUUGGUGGCGUACAGAAGGUGGCCGUGGCUCUUUCAGAGUCCCAGACUAUCGACGAGUUCGGCCGCUCUCUGAACCUGAUGAAGAGCGACGUGGAGCACCUGCGUUCUGUGUUCAUGGCUGUGGAGAACGGAGACAUCGGCAUGCUUAAGUCCUUGGGCAUUAAGGACUCUGAGCUCGGGGACGUCAAGUUCUUCCUGGAAAAGCUCGUCAACACUGGAUUCUUGGACUGAGAAGGGACGCUGACGAAAGAGUAAAUGACCAAGAGGAAGAAAGAAAGAGAGAAGAGGAAGGAUUUUCAGUUCUUUAAAAAAUAAUAAUAAUAAUAAUAAUAAAAGGGAUGAAAAUGUGAAUGCAAAAAAAUGUUGAUGACUAAAUGAAAACAAGAAAUAUGAAAGGGGAUGAAAGUGGAGAUGGUAAAUGCAGAUCAGAAGGAUUAGGAUGAAACAUUUUCAGAUCUUGGAUCUAUGGACAUGAGCCUUUGCUGUAUGACUGUUGUCAGUGUGAUCAAAGUUAACAAUAAGAGCUCAUGAGGCAGAACUCUGGACCAAUUGGUGUCUGUAAUCUCAUUUUACUUAUGACCGAUAAUAAAGCUGAUAUAAGUAAGAUUGCUAGAACAUAUAUGCAAAAUACUAGUUCUGAUUGUGAGAUACAUACAUAUAUAUAUAUAAAAUAACAUAAGUAACUCCACACUGAUUCAAGAUAUCCUGAAGUAUUAUAUAAACAAUGACAUUUAAGAAAGUAGAGUAGUCAAUUAAAAGCAUUAAAACCUGGUCACUUUUAAGUCAGAUACAGAGCGUAAUUCAGUAGAAUUUAAUGUUAUUAUUUAAAUUAUGUAUGAUAGACCAAAAUACAAAUACACUUAAUUAAGGUUAAGUUAAUGUAUAGCACAUUAUGCUUAUCUAAUAAUAUAAUUAUUAAAAAUAUUUUUGUGAAUAUAUUGUAAGCAUUUAUUCUGUUAUUACCCACUGUAUUUUAGUGUACGGAUUUCUCUAAAUAUUUUCUGUGAUAUCUUUUUAUUUGAGGGAAUACACAAAUUUUCUUUUUAGAUGUUUAUACAUCAGUCAUGACUUUAUGUGCAUCCUCUCUUGUUUUCUAUAUGCUAAUCCUUUUAACUUCUGUGUAACAAUCGGUAAUUUAAACAACCAUUGUUGUGUGGACUGACAAAAAAUAAUAGAAUGCUUAAAAUUUCCCUGUACACAAAGUCGAAGCCAAAAUUUGUUCUGCAUACAAAAAUAAACUUUUUAAAAUGUUGCUAUCCAAUGUUGUUUUUCUGUUGAAAGUUAUGCAGUAAAGCUGAAUACUAUCUGAAUGUUUUUUUUUUAUCAUUUAGCCAUGUGGUUCUCCAUAACUCAGUAAACUAUUAUGGUUAUUCAAAUUUAUCUGAAAAUAUCAAGAAACUAAAAUAUGUGUGAUAUGCAGUUCUGGAAGGUAACUGAAUCACUUGUAAAUUAUACCCAUGAAUUAUACCUGAAUUAUACCCUUUUUUUCUGAUUAAAUGGACUUCCUCUUAGAUUAGUAGUUUGUUUUAUUUGAAACUGGGAAGAUGGUGCGUCCUGGCAUUGCCUUGGUAGCAGCCCGAUACUCAACCAAACCAACAACCAUUUACUAACCAUGACCAUAUUCUAGGACUCACCCUCUUUUCAUACCAUAAAUAUACAUUUUUAUCUCCCCCUCUUUAGUACUAGCCUUCCAGACCAGUUUGUGUAUAUUUAUUUAUGAUUUUUGACACAAGGCUAUUACAGUUUUCAACAGCAUGAUACAGUAUGUUUGAUUUUCCUUUAAAUGAAAUUCAUGGUUACAAAAAAAAAAAUCUGGUUUGAAAAUUAUAUAUAUUUCAGCACAAUUAAUGAAAUGAGUUUACCUGUAAUUUAGAUGAACAUAAUUAAGCUGAGACUUCAAGCGUGUGUAUUUGUAUUUGAAUCUUUCUCUAAGUAUUUCUUAAAAUGUCUUUCCAAAAAGGACACACACGAUGGUUGUUGUUUAAAUCUAAAAAAAAAUGGUCUACCUAUUCCUCACAUGUGAUAUGUUUUGUCAGAUAUUAUAUGCAUGCAUGGUUCUCUGCUUUUGACUAAAUGUACAGAUGCACAAAAUGUAAUGUUCGAUGGCCGUGAUUCUUUAGUGUAGCGGGCAAUAAUAUCACGUGUUUCUUUUCUUUCUUCCUUUAAGAGUUCGCCUCACGCCCUGCUGGUUUAUUGUUUUGUUUUUUUAGCAAUAAAGGAAAAUGUGGUUAACUUUAUCCCCUCCACUCUUUAUUAGGUGAAGAAACAGACGUAAAUUUUGAUUUCUACUUUUGUUCUCUUUCUCUCUCACUUUUAUCCUGUUAUUUUUUUUAGGCUGGAGGACUGUAGUCAGGUGCAAUAAACAACAAUUUUUUUGAAUGUGAAGAAAAAGCAAUAGGACAAAUAAUGUUUCAGCUUACAUGGAUGCAGUGUGAACAUAUGAUCCAAUAGAAAAUCUGUAUUAUAUUGUUGCUCUCACCAAUUUUACUUCUUUGAAAAAUCACAAGUGAAAUGGUCUCAAUCUCAGAUACAAUACAAUGUUCUAUUCCCAGACGAAUAUCAUCAAAAAGUCUCUUACAAUUUCAUGAAUAACAUUACACAGAUAUGCAAGAACAAAUUUGUACACUUUGAAUGAUAAGCAAAAGGUCUGUUACUUUUGCCUCUGUUAGUGAAACUGUUAUCCAUACUGUUUGGAGUAUUGAGCUGUUAAUUUUGAAUCUAAUAACCAAUGAACUUUCUAUCAUAGAGAUUAGAAGUAUGAUGAACCGCUGCACAGUUUAUCAUACCAAGUGAUUACAUAAUAAUAUCAAAAUUAGGAAAAACAACUGUUGGUGAAGAAUUUCAGUAUAAGCAUUAUAUCAUGACCUGACCCUCUUUGUAAAGCACAGUGUUUCCUUUCAGCUAAAAUAAAAUUAUAAUAUUUC